AUGUUGCUAAUUUUUCAACCCAAGCUGUCUAUCAAGGUGAUAUUUGAACUGACGAAACAAGAUCAUCAGCAGAAAGCGAAGGAAAAGGCCAAAGAAGAGAAGAAAAAGAAGAAACGAGAAGAAUGCGAGAGGAGGAAAGUGGAAGAGAAGAAGAGAAAAGAACAACAGAGAAAGAAGAUGGAAGAGAGGAGAAAGACAGAAGAGAAAGUCAAGGAGAUGAAGAAGAAACUGGAAGUGAAAGAGCAGAAGAAGAAACAAACCAAGCUGUCUAUCAAGGUGAUAUCUGAACUGAAGAAACAAGAUCAGCAGCAGAAAGAGAAGGAGGCCAAAGAAGAGAAGAGAAAGAAGAAGAAAAGAGAAGAAUGCGAGAGAAGGAAAGUGGAAGAGAAAAAGAGAAAAGAACAAGAGAGAAAGAUGGAAGAGAGGAGAAAGACAGAAGAGAAAGUCAAGGAGAUGAAGAAGAAACUGGCAGUGAAAGAGCAGAAGAAACAAACCAAGCUGUCUAUCAAUAUUACAUUUCUAUGA